GCGGCGCCCUAGCGCGCCGCCUUCUGAUUGGCUGCCAGUGCUCUCGGCUUAUCUCGCGCUCGCUGGUUGGGCCAAUGGAGUUACCCGCAGUGGAGAGACCGGCAGCGCUGGAGUGGUGGCGCAGCUGUUUCCUCCGGUGUACAUCAAAUAUUAAGAAGAAAGAACACCAGGAGAUAAAUGUUCUAUUGACACUUGUAGUUGCAGCUCAGAACAUAAAGAUGCAGACCCCAAAUCAGUGGUUUAUGUGUUCUUCAUGCAAGAGCAGUGUAUUAAAGGAGACAAGGGAGCUGUGUUGAUCAGUGACUUUGGUGAAGGCUAAGAACAUUGAAACAAAUUUUCAAAUGAUACACAACUUCUAAGCAUUCCGUAUUGGAAGAAGAGCUUUCUCUACAUGAAAAAAAUGCCUUUGUUUAGUAAAUCACAUAAAAAUCCAGCAGAAAUUGUGAAAAUUCUGAAAGACAACCUGGCCAUUUUGGAAAAGCAAGACAAAAAGACAGACAAGGCAUCAGAAGAAGUGUCGAAAUCACUGCAAGCAAUGAAAGAAAUUCUGUGUGGUACAAAUGACAAGGAACCCCCCACAGAAGCAGUAGCUCAGCUGGCACAAGAACUCUACAAUAGUGGGCUGCUGGUGACACUGAUAGCUGACCUGCAGCUGAUAGACUUUGAGGGAAAAAAAGAUGUGACCCAGAUAUUUAACAACAUCCUGAGAAGACAGAUAGGCACUCGGAGUCCUACUGUGGAGUACAUUAGUGCUCAUCCUCAUAUCCUGUUUAUGCUCCUCAAAGGAUAUGAAGCCCCACAGAUCGCCUUACGUUGUGGGAUUAUGCUGAGAGAAUGUAUUCGACAUGAACCGCUUGCCAAAACCGUCCUCUUUUCUAAUCAAUUCAGAGAUUUCUUUAAGUAUGUCGAGUUAUCAACAUUUGAUAUUGCUUCAGAUGCCUUUGCUACUUUUAAGGAUUUACUAACCAGACAUAAAGUGUUGGUAGCAGAGUUCUUAGAACAAAAUUAUGACACUAUCUUUGAAGACUAUGAGAAAUUGCUUCAGUCUGAGAAUUAUGUGACUAAGAGACAAUCUUUAAAGCUGCUAGGUGAGCUGAUCCUGGACCGCCACAACUUCGCCAUUAUGACCAGGUACAUCAGCAAGCCAGAGAACCUGAAGCUGAUGAUGAACCUCCUGCGGGAUAAGAGUCCCAACAUCCAGUUUGAGGCCUUUCAUGUUUUUAAGGUGUUUGUGGCCAGUCCUCACAAGACACAGCCUAUUGUGGAGAUUCUAUUAAAAAAUCAACCCAAACUGAUUGAGUUUCUGAGCAGCUUCCAAAAGGAAAGGACGGACGAUGAGCAGUUCGCUGAUGAGAAGAACUACUUGAUCAAACAGAUCAGAGACUUGAAGAAAGCAGCCCCUUGAAGACCUCACCGUUUCCUGCCACGGGCUUUCGUCGCACUUGUCCAGUUUGUACACUAAGUGUCAUUUCAAAAAGUCAUUCUGGGGAAGGUUUUGGAGGGCCCUAUUUUUUUCUCAAUCAGUUGUUCGGGGUAGAUGGAAUAUAAGCAUUCAAAUGGAAAAAAAUUAACCUAGAAUAAUAUAUUCGUUUUAAUCAAGUCUGUGAUUAUUUAUGUGAAAUCAGAGCCUUUGUAUUAGAUGUUGAUAAAAGCAGUUACAACUUGCAGGUGGAAGCCCUUGGUCACCAUGAGCCACCAAAUGGGAGCUCAGAUGACAGGUACCACCGAGUCCUGGGGGAAGAACUGGGAAGGGGGCAGGGUGCAAAAGUGCUGUGCCCGUCUGCAGGUAGACAAAUGUUGCUUAAGGCGCUGAAAGAUCCCAGAAGAUAAGGUUAUUGUUUUCAGUAUCCCUUUGUCCUUGCCUGCUGUCUCUGGAGUAUGAGUGGGUCUGUACCUGCAGGGGAGGCGAUGCCCACCGCCCCGCCCCGCCUCCCCGCUCGCCCGCUGCCCCAUGCCCUGUCCCAGCGCACACCGAGGCCGCGUUAGCAUGGGAGCAACUGAGUAGGAACAGGAUGGAUCAACGAGGGUCACAGGGCAUCCAGCACCCACAGGUGUGUCCUGCUUACUGGAGAACUGCCAACAGAUGGUUCUAGAUAGAGUCACUGCUGUUCCAUGUUGACUUCUAGAGGGUCAGUGAGCAUCUGAAUAUUUCAUUCAUAAUUGUCAUCACAGGAAGAAUGCUCCAUGCUGACCGGGUGUGUUAGAUUUGUGGGAAUCCUUGAGUGGGAUGCCAGCGGGCACACAACCACGGGUCCUCUUAGUAGGAGAACUUUAUCGAUGGGAGGACAUCACCCUCGAAAGGGGAAAUGAUUAAAUGGAUGAAAAAAUUCUCAUAUCACUAAAAUUUUUUUUCAGUUUAUUUUCUAAUAAACUGUCAUUCUAUAACUGCCCAUCAAAGCCUUCAAGUGAAAAAGUAGAAAACCUACAAAAUGUUGGUCUCAGAUAUUCUCCUGCAUACUAAGAUGCCUAAGGAGUUAAUUUGUGUUCCUUAAAAAAAGACGUGGAACCAAACAAUGUUUAAAAGGCCAUGGUUUGUUUUCAAUCAUCAUGCAUAUAAAAUGGAAUUUUAAAGCUGUAUUUUAGAAGGCAGUAAAGGUACAAUUGGUAACCUGUAUUUUGUAUAAUUCCAUUUCUAAAUCCUGAGUUGCUGACUUCCAGAGGAACCCUUGCUUUCUACAGUACUUGGGUGUUGCGUUCUUUGUCUUCAGCCACAUGCUUCUCCGCCCAGAGAGGGGAAGAGAAAUGUGUUGUCCAGGAUCAGUGCCCUUUGUAGAUUUUGUACAAGAAUUACCUAGCGGGGAGUCACCCUUCUUGGCUAGGGUGCAGGUGCAUUUCUUCCAUGUGCAACGUGGAAUCCUGGGACAAGGGGCGUGGGACCUGCCACACCUCGUAGCAGCUCCGGCCAGCGCCAGCGUGGAAGGACCAGCCAGCAGCCCCAGCCGGCCCGUGCACUGCUCUUAGUCAUUGAAGUCAGAUUAUUUUUAUAUUAAUAACAUUCUCUGACAUUCCAGAGCCCUUUAGAAUUUGACUUUUCUGGUUUUACUUAUUUGACUAAAGGAGAUGAGUGUAAAUAUAAAAAAUGAAGGUGAAAUAACCAUUGGAAAUUUAUUUGGUUGCUUAAUACUGUUCUACAACAUCAUGGGACAUAUGUUCUCAAUUGGAAAGCAAGGCCCUAUGACAAUUCUUUUUUGAUAAAGAAAACGUAUUUUCUCUUCCCUGGGCUUGAAUUAUCUCUUUCCUAGCAACCCAUUAUCCCAGCUCGGUGCCUAUCAAACGGAAAACGAGAGUCUGGGGUUUUGUUGUGAUAUGAAUUUGUAAAUUAUUAAUGCGAAAGAGGGAGCAGGAAGUUCACAGUCAAAAUAUAUUUGCACAGAGUUCACUGUAAAUAUUGUGAGAAUUGAAUUCUGAAAAGGUCAUAUUUAACAAGCUAUUUCAAAAGCACACAUUUAAAUACAGACUGGCUAAAUAAAAGGUACCACACA